GGGCAGUGCACAGACUCAGAGUCAGCAGCGCGCGGUACUCGACGAGCAGAAGAAGAGCGCGUGGAGCCCGCGGUUAUGUUGAGUUAUUGAGUUUUUUGUUGAAGACUGUGUGUGUUUGAUGGAUCUGGGGAAGGAGAGAGUGGUGGCGCUGGUGGACAUGGACUGCUUCUAUGUGCAGGUGGAGCAGAGAAUCAACCCCGAGCUCAAGAACAAACCCUGCGUCGUGGCGCAGUACAAGACCUGGAGAGGCGGAGGCAUCAUCGCCGUGAGUUACGAGGCCAGAGGUCACGGGGUCACCAGGAACAUGUGGGCAGAUGAUGCCAGGAAGCUGUGUCCUGACCUACAGGUGGCCCGAGUCAGAGAGGCUCAUGGGAAGGCUGAUCUCACCCCUUACAGAGAGGCCAGUGUGGAGGUGAUCGAGGUGAUGUCCCGCUUCGCUGUCGUAGAGAGGGCCAGCAUCGAUGAGGCAUACAUGGACCUCACGGCCAGCGUGCAGGACAGACUGAAGCACAUGAGCGUCCAGGACAUCACGCUGCAGCAGCUGAGGAGCACCUACGUCCAGGGCUUCCCACAAACCAGCAGCAGCGGAUGGAGCGAGCCUGCGGGGACAGAUAAAGAGGAGACGCGGCUCCGAGGUCUGCAGCAGUGGCUGGAGCAUCUGUCCUCCAGCGAUCUGCCCUCGAGUGCGGAGCUGCAUCUGACCGUCGGCGCUCUGAUCGUGGAGGAGAUGAGGGCCGCUGUGGAGGAACACACCGGAUUCCGUUGCUCCGCCGGCGUCUCACACAACAAGGUGUUAGCCAAACUAGCAUGUGGCUUAAACAAGCCUAAUCGCCAAACAGUUUUGCCACUGGGAUCCGUUCCAGAACUCUUUAGCACUCUUGCCAUCAGUAAAAUUCGUAAUCUGGGCGGGAAGCUGGGGACGUCCAUCAUGGAGACUCUGCGAGUGCAAAACAUGGGAGAUCUCACUCAGUUCAGCAAGACCCAGCUGGAGCAGCACUUCGGAGAGAAGACCGGGUCGUGGCUGUAUGACUUGUGCCGAGGGAUCGAGUUUGAGCCCGUGAAGCCUCGACAGCUUCCCAAAUCCAUCGGCUGCAGCAAGAACUUCCCGGGAAAAACCUGUUUGGCUACACAGCAGCAGGUGCAGCACUGGCUUCAUCAGCUGGCUCUCGAGUUACAGGAGCGACUCGACAAAGACAGAGAGAUGAACGGGCGGCUGGCCAAACAGCUGACGGUGGGCAUCAGGCAGGCUGGAGGUCAGAGUUUCUCUCGCUGCUGUGCUCUUGUUCGCUAUGAUGCUGUGAAGAUGACCUCAGACAGUCUGGCCAUCAUCAAGAGCCUCAACACCGCAGGAAGCCACCAGGAGGCGUGGUCUCCUGCUUUGACUUGUCUUCAUCUGUCAGCCAGUAAGUUCAGCGAUGUUCCCUCAUCCUCGUCCGGAGGAAUAGCAGGCUUCCUGUCCAGUGACGCACCUUCAACACAAUCGCGUGUAGCCUCUACACAAACCCCCAAAACAGAGCCGAGUCCCAAGCGGCCAGGGGCCAUCCAGUCUCUGUUUGAGAAGGCUGCUGAAAAGAAGAAACAGCAUGGGGAGGAAGCUCAUAAAGAUGUACAUGUGUCACCCAGUCUCAGUUCUCAUAAAGCCCCUGGCAUCUCCUCCUUCUUCCACAGAAAGGGUCUGGAAAAGACGCUCCAGCUGUCCACUCUGCCUGAGGACCGGAGCGCCGCGGCUGGAGUCGAGUCGCCCCCUGAGGAUCUUCACGUGUGCGAGCGCUGUGGACUGAAGGUGCUGGUCUGGGAAAUGCCUGAGCACAUGGACUAUCAUCUGGCUCUGGACUUGCAGAGGUCGUUCUCCUCGGCUACCAGCGACGGGCCGGUGCAGUCGUCCCGCGGGAAGAGCCAGGCGAAGAUUCGGAGCGGCCCGCAGGCCAAGAGAGCGCGAGUGCAGGGAAACCGCGGCACGCUGGACUCCUUCUUCAGAAAGACAUGACCGCAGUCCCAGACAGCUUUUCAUAUCUUUGGGUUUUGAUGAGAAAUAUUUGUGUCUUUUGAAUUUUUGUAUAUUUUAUUUAAAUAAAUACAAUCUGAGAAUCUGA